UUUGGGCUGCUUUACGACUAGUUUCGACCUAAAAUAGGUCUCGUUCAGGCUUGUGCCCCAAAUUACUGCAGACCAAACUCUGCAGCCGCCAUGUCUUCGUUUCGUGUGAAAAAAAACAGGCCCCAUCUAGUGAGUGGGAGUGGCAUAUUGACCUACAUCGACCCCUAAAAUCCAUCAAUCAACCACCCCUGGCCCUGCUUUGAUCGGUCAAUACUUCUGCCAGUUCCCAUGGCUUUGGGUGGAUGACCGAGUCACCAAGGCAUCGCCACCGAUGGCGUCUUCAGCGGUGCAGCGGCGCAGCUGAGCCGAGGUUAUGUGGCCUCCUGCGCACCGCAACCUGCGGGCACCGACGGCUGCGGCGGUGGCUGGUCCAGCUGGGUCUUCGACCUCAUGGCCGGCGCAGGCGUCCCCACGGGUGGCGCCAGCGGGUGUUCGCCCUACUUUGGCCACGGCGAUGGCACGGAGCACUUUGCGAACUCGGGCACUGCUCCGCCCUGUCCCACAAUGUGCGGCAACAGCAACUUCGGACGGAGCAUCGACGAAGACAAGUUCAAGCUGGCAACCAGCAACUACAUCCAGAUUGCGAGCUACAAGCAUCCGUAUCCCGCACGUGUCUACCAUUUGGCUCGAGAGGCCAUCAUGACUGGAGGCCCCAUCCCUGCAUACCUCUACGCGGAUGGUGGAUUCAUGGGAUAUUCUGGGGGUGUUUACACCCACGCCUGCGACCAAUUUGCCAAUCAUGCCAUCACCGUCAUUGGCUGGGGCCCUGAUUACUGGCACUGCUUGAACUCCUGGGGUGACUGGGGCGACAAUGGCCGCUUUAAGGUCGGGCUUUGCGUCUUGACGGAUUUCCAGAUCCCCACCACCAGCAUCGCUGGACACAGUGCAGACUAUGCUUUCCCCUUGCAGGGCGAGAGCCAGACACCUUCGCAUGGACUCAACCCUUCGGAGAGCUAUAGCAACAUUGCACAGGAGGGUCAGGCGAUCGCGCCACGCACCAAAGACCGGCAGUGCCUUUGCUCCACAGCCUGCGACAACCACGGCUACAGCCUGCCAGGUGGCGUCUUUUGCUGGGUCGCUGAUACGGUUUGCCAGGGUACGAACUGGGGCUACUGCGAAUAUCCUGACUUGACUGCCACCACUGCGACGACCACCACCACCACUGUGAGCACAGCUGCUCCAACCACUACGACGACCACCACCACGACGACGACCACCACGACCACCACCACGACUACUACAACCACCACUACAACUACCACCACCACAACCACCACCACCACCACUACCACAACCACUACCACCACCACAACCACAACCACAACCACCACCACCACCACGACGACCACCACUACCACGACCACUACUAGCACUUCCACGACCAGCACUACUAGCACCACCAGCACAACAACCACCACAACUACGACCACCACUACGACGACGACCACCACCACAACCACCACCACUACAACGACAACGACCACCACCACCACCACCACUACUACGACCACCACGACCACAACGACUGCGACCGGCAUUGUGGGCGAACCGUGGAAGUUGAUCUCGGGACCUUGCAAAGUGGAUCGUGCUGGAUGCAUCAAGAGCCCUCGAUUCAGUGCCAACAGGUACAGAACCUACAAGAAUAACCAGCACUGCACCUGGGAGGUUCAACAGAAGGUGAAGAUGGAGGUGCUGGAUUUCCAAGUGGAGGCCAACUACGACUUUCUGACCGUGAACGGCGCGCAGUACAGCGGCUCCACGAAUCCUCACGGUGUGAUCACAGAGUUGGGCACCAUUACCUGGUCCUCGGACUACAGCGUGGUGAUGACCGGCUUCAAGAUUUGCCCCAAGGCCUUGGGCCCUUGCGACACCUGAGGUGCAGACUGCCACCUGUGAAAGUCGCGCCGAGUAGCGGGCGCGUCGAAGUCUGGGCGCAGUCAGAAGGGGCUCGCCCACGGAAAAAAUGCC